ACAUCAAUAAUAUUUGGCAGUGGCAUUGCAUAUGGAAUGGUAUAUUCAGUAUACGCACCGAUUAUGGUAGACAUGAAGUAUAUAUUGAAUACAUCGAUGCGUUGGGUAUCACUGUUUACCACAUUUGAAACCAGUGGCUUCAUAUUGGGAACAGUUGUUGCCUUAUUAUAUAAAUAUGUUAGUCGACAGCUAGUGAUGAGUAUAUUUUUUACACUAUUGACUAUUGCAUCGGCAGUCAUACCAUUGGUACCCCAUCUAUAUGUACUAUUUUUGUGUGCGUUUAUCAUUGGUAUCAGUUCCAGUGUAUUCAUAUGUUCAAUAUAUGUCUGGGCCAUUGAACUGGGAAGGGGUACACGUGUGCCAAUGGUACAGAUCUAUGAGUUUGCUUUUGGUAUCGGCUGUAUAUUGGCAACAGUAUCACUGAAACCAUACCUAAUUGGCAAUACUGAAUCAACUACCGUAACAAAUAUGACAAUCCAAACCAAUAGCGAGCUAUACCUGUAUAUCGAUGAAAGUGUAUUCAUUGAUCGGAGAUCACGAUUGAUGAUACCGACCCUUAUUAUCGGCGCCUGUAUUAUGACAAUUCCGAUAUCUCUGUUUGUAAUGUAUUUAUUUAAGCCGUAUAAAGAGCCCAAAAAUAAGAUCAAUGAUAUCGAUAGUAAUAACAACAACAACAAUGAAAUGAUAGACAACUCUACGACAGUUAUGACCAAACUAUUUGACAGACCGGACGUUCCCCGUAAAACAUUUCGUCUAUUAUUUGCACUGUUAUACGCCUUAUACCUGGUCUACGAAACCCUAUUCAUGAAGUUUGCCGUCACUUACUUCCAGUAUUCGCCGCUUAAAUUGUCAGCCGAAAUGUCGGCCGAAAUAUAUUCGGUAGCCAUUAGUGUCUAUACGGCAGGACUUGGACUCAAUAUAUUAUAUACGUAUAAAUUUCAAAUCAAAACUAUUUUAGUAUUUCAUUACGGCUUUCUGAUUGUGGGCACUGUUAUGUUGUUACUGUCUCGACAUCAUUUAAUUAUGCUAUGGCUGUCGAGCAUAGUUAUCUGUUUGGGUAUGUCAGCCAUGUAUACUGGUAUCAUAACAUGGGCCGAACAAUAUCUGGAUAUGACUAACCGUUUGAGUGCACUGUUUCUACUUUGUCGGGGUAUACUAACACUGGUCACACCGUUUAUUGUCGGCAACUAUAUUGAAGACAAUAGUGUUAUCUUUAUUAUAAUGGAGUUCAUAUAUUUGGGCGUAUCAUUGAUUUUGUUUAUAUUAAUUGAUCUAAUGAAUAAAAACGAUUAG